GAGUUUCGCCCUGCUCAACAAUUCUUCAUUCCAGCAAACAUUCACGACCAUGAGCGAAACAACUACGAAUGGUACCCCUGCGAAAAAGCAGCUCAUUCUCAAUGCUUUCGUAGAGUCAUGUNAGCGGACAUCAAUCUCCUGGCUUAUGGCGACACCCAGACGACCAGUCUACGAACUUCAAUAAGAUACAACAUUGGGUUAAGCUGGCUCAAUUGCUUGAAAAGGGCAAAAUUCAUGGCAUUUUCAUUGCCGAUGUNCUUAGGUGCGUAUGAUGUCUACAAAGGACCCCAGAACCCUGACCCGGCAAUCAUCUCUGGUGCUCAAUGGCCAGUCAACGAGCCUUUAGCGACCGUGCCUGCAAUGGCGGCAGCUACAGAGAACAUUGGCUUUGGUGUCACUGUUUCGACCACCUACGAGCAGGUAAGCAAUACUAAGCCACCUGCAACAUAUUGUAGGACAAGCAGACUGACAGCUGUUAGNCCUUAUCAUCUUGCUAGACGUCUGAGCACAGUUGACCAUUUGUCUGAUGGUCGCGUCGGGUGGAAUGUAAUUCUCAAUCCUCUUCUUCGGAAGAACCCAAGGACUAAUGAAACUGCGAUANNGGUCGUCACUGGAUAUCUCGAUUCAGCGGCUAGGAACCUCGGACGCACCGAACAACCAGAACACGAUGAUCGCUAUGCCAUGGCUGAAGAGUACAUCGAAGUAAUGUACAAACUGUGGCAGUCGUCCUGGAGAGACGAUGCUGUCAAGCUUGACCGCGAAAAGGUUGUCUACACCGAUCCAACUCUGGUCAGAAAGAUCGACCACGUAGGCAAAUAUUAUAACGUUCCCGGACCUCAUAUUUGCCAACCUUCUCCCCAGCGGACGCCAGUCAUACUUCAGGCAGGUACCUCCAAAGCUGGUAAAGAGUUCGGAGCNAAAAAUGCAGAAGCUAUCUUUGUAUCCGGCCACAGUCCUUCGGUUAUCGCAAAAAACAUCGCCGAGAUUCGAGCUUUGGCGAAGGAGAAGUAUGGCCGCGAUCCAAAGAGCAUCAAGUUCCUCGCCUUACUCUGUCCCAUCAUCGGCAAGACUCAGGAAGAGGCAGAUGCAAAGUACCAGGAAUACCUCAGUUAUGGCUCUGAAGAUGGCGCUUCUGCUUUGUUUGGAGGUUGGACUGGCAUUGAUCUUUCACAAUAUGGUGAUGAUGAAGAGCUUCGCCACGUGCAGUCCAAUGCAGUCAGAUCGGCUGUUGAGGGCUGGUCGAAGACUACACCAAAGGUUGCAAAGUGGACUAAGCACACUGUUGCCAACCAUAUCAAGGUCGGCGGUCUUGGAGCUACUGUUGUCGGCACUGCAGACGUUGUUGCGGACGAAAUGGAACGCUGGGUUCGAGAAGCCGAUGUGGAUGGUUUCAAUAUCGCGUACGCGUUAUUCCCCAGGACUUUUGAGGAGGUGAUUGAACAUCUGCUACCAGUCCUUAGGGAGAGAGGUUUGUUCUGGGAGGAUUAUGCUGUUCCGGGAGGCACAUACAGAGAGAACUUGUAUGGGAGGAAGGGGCUGGCUCGACCNCCUCAGGGUCAUCCUGCAGCGGCUUUCCAUUGGAAGGCAGAUUGA